UUGAAGCGCCAAAAAAUGUUAAAAAAAUGCGCCACUCAAAGUGUUCUUGUAAAGAUUUCACAAAUAAGAAAUGUUAAAACUAGGUUUUGUUUUUCUCAAUUUCAAUUUUCCUUACAGAAUCUUACAGAAAGAUUGGGAAAUACUAUGCACAAUAAACAAUUCAGUUCUUCUUCUUCUUCUUAUUCUCCUUCGUCUCGAUUCCCUUCAGUUUCAGAUUGGGAACAAGCACAGCCCUUAACAGACGAAGAUCUCCAAGCAAUUGACGCAAUCGAAGCGACAUUUUUUCAACAAUCAACCAAUCGCAAAAAACGACAUUCACCUCCUCAAAACGACAACUCCGACUCAUGCCCCCGCAGAACUCGCAGACAGUUACCUAAUUCUGUUUUAGGCCUUUUAACGCCUUUUUCGCUCUCUCCAUGUCGAACCGGUGAUUAUGUGAAGAUGAGAUAUCCAGCGAUGAAAUUUGGUGGGAAAAUAUUGUAUAGUAGGACACCGGCUGAUGUUGACAAAGCUGCGAGGGAGCUUUUAAAGAGUGUCGAAUCUAUACGAAAGGAAACAAGUUCUGCUUCUAUUGGAUUUGAUAUUGAGUGGAAACCUACUUUUAAAAAAGGUGUUUUGCCUGGAAAGGCAGCAGUAAUGCAGUUAUGUAUUGGCACCGAUCAUUGUCAUGUGAUGCAUAUUUUUCAUUCUGGAAUCCCCGAGAGUCUGCAGUUUCUUCUUGAGGAUUCUACACUUAUCAAAGUUGGAGCCGGAAUUGGCAAUGACUGUGUUAAGGUUUUCAGAGAUUAUAAAGUAUCUGUUAAAGCAGUAGAGGACCUCUCCUAUCUGGCAAAUAAGAAACUUGGUGGGGAAUCCAAAAGUUGGGGUCUUCAAUCUCUGGCUGAGAUGCUUGUUUGCAAAGAGCUUCAGAAGCCCAAUAAAAUUAGAUUGGGAAACUGGGAAACAGAUGUCUUGUCAAAGGCGCAACAAGAGUAUGCUGCUACAGAUGCUUUUGCUUCUUGGCAACUUCACCAGGUGUUAAGAAGUCUCCCGGAUGCGAAGGACACAGCUGAUGAAAAAAGUGUGGACCUGAAAGUUGUGCCAUAAUCACCAGGUUUACUUUUAUCCUCAAAUAAUCAUGUAUGCCUAUUCUUUGUACAAACUUGCAAUGAUAAAUUAAAUUUUGGGAAGUUGUCACCUUUUUAAGUUACAACAGAGAGGUUACUUCUAA